UUCAACUUUUUUUGUUCUUCUAUCUCUUUCUCUCUCCUUUUCUUCCACACCCUCAUAACUUUACCCAAGACUUCUUUAUAUAUAAAGGGAUAUAAAACCCAUUUUGUCAUAAAAGAUCAUUACUCAUUAGACUUUCCCACUACCCAUUCUCAUUCCCUCUUCAACCAACAUUCAGAAAGAAGCAAUUUCCCUUUUUAAAAAUCUUAGUUACUCAAAGAGUUAGAAAUGGCGAAGAUUGUAGGCAUUCUUCUUUGUUUAGUCAUUGUGGGCUUGGAUGUAGGCGCUGCAAUCCUCGGAAUCCAAGCUGAAGUCGCCCAAAAUCAGGUGAAGCACAUGAGGCUAUGGUUAUUUGAGUGCAGAGAACCGAGCCAGGACGCGUUUAGGCUCGGUCUAGGUGCAGCCGCGAUAUUGGUAAUAGCUCAUGUCCUACUCAACUUGGUCGGAGGCUGUCUCUGUAUUUGCUCUCAAGACGAGUUUCAAAGAUCUUCUUCCUCUAGGCAAAUCUCUAUGGUUUGUCUCGUCCUCACUUGGAUUGUAUUCGCCGUUGGAUUCGGGAGUAUAGUGAUCGGGACGAUGUCGAACAGUAAGUCAAGAUCCUCUUGUGGGUUCACACAUCACCAUUUCCUCUCCAUUGGAGGGAUUUUGUGUUUUCUUCAUGCCCUCUUCUGUGUUGCUUAUUACGUUUCUGCCACUGCGGCCAAAGACGAAGCUGCUAAGUGACGACAAAGUGGCACGAUGAAUGAUGGUUCACAGGUGGGUCCUUGUCCUUGACUAUAUUUAUAUUCCUAUGGUAAUUGUGUAAAACUGUUUACUACUAUGUACUGUAUUAAUCAUUUAACCUAGUUUCUAUUAUACUAUUUGCUUUAUUUGAAUUCGUUUCACUUAUUUCGAAGUCACUUUUGUAAUUUGGAGAGCUGUGUCAUUUUGACUAAAAAAUGAAAGCUUUUGUGUCA